UCCAAAUAUUUAUCUUCAAUUCAAAUCCUGAAAAUUUUGUUUCCUAUAUAUAUAUAUAUAUAUAUAAAAGGAACCCUAAUUUUAUUUUAUUUUUUAAUUGUGAUUUUCACAAUCAAAAUGUCAACAGCAGCAGCGACACCGACGAUUUCUCAGCUUUCUUGUUUCUCUUCAAUCAACCGGAGAUUUCAGCUCUCCCAUCGUUCAAUAUUUCUUCCGUUUACUCGCUCAAAGAUACUGACUGCUUCAAAUUUCCAGUCAUUUGUUGUUAUGAGUGUUGAUGAGCACGGUGCUGAAACUGCUAGCUCUCAACUUAAAACUACACCAAGUUAUGUUGCUGGAGAAUCAAAACCAGUAGAAGUGACUAAGUCAUAUCCGAAUGAAGAAGAGCAUGUUCCUGAAAAUACAAGUAAUCUAGGAGAGGAAAAUGGUAUCAUCCAACCAAAAAGGGCCGCAAAAAUCCAUGAUUUCUGUUUUGGAAUUCCUUAUGGUGGUCUUGUUCUAAGUGGGGGGCUUGUUGGUUUUAUAUUUUCGAGGAAUCCUACUACUUUACUCUUUGGAGGUGCCGUGCUAGCCCUUAGCACCUUCAGCUUGAAAAUUUGGAGGGAAGGAAAAUCAAGUUUCCCAUUCAUACUUGGACAAGCAGCACUAGCAGCGGUCCUUUUCUGGAAGAACUUUCAGACUUACUCAUCGACAAAGAAGCUAUUUCCUAGUGCAUUUUAUGCUGCUAUAAGUGCUGCAAUGAUGUUCUUCUAUUCAUAUGUUGUGAUCUCUGGAGGGAACCCACCCCCGAAGAAGAUGAAGCUGUCUGCUACUCAUUAAUCACUGUAAUCUUAAUUAUAUAAAUGUUGUAGUUUGACUUGAACUGAGAUUAUAGGUGAAUGAACAUCGUGUUAUUUAUCACAGAAAACUGCCUGUUUGCUACAAGUUGAGAAUACCCUUUUUUU